GUUCCUUCCUCGAUCACUCGCAACCUGCUGCGACGGGCAUCUCCAGCAGCAACUCGCCGUCCGUCAUGUCUUCCUCCGAAACCACUCCCUUGCUCGGCGAAUUGUCGCAGUCGCCUCAACAGCCGCCACUGGCCCGCCACAAACCAUCUUCCAACUCUAUGCUCGUCAAUCGCAAGACCCCGUCGGACUCGAAGACGUCUUCUGCCAGGCAGUCCGUCGUUCUCAACGGACAGCCCACUCGGGACUACACCUCCCCGUUCGAGCAUCCGCGGCAGGACGUUUGCAUUCCGUCGACGGGCCCGUCCUUUGGCAUCAACUUUGAUGCGAUCGAGGAUCACUUUAUCCAGAGCCGCCCUUCACUUCAGCGAUCGCCGCUGUUUGUCCCGAUAGAGGACGGAUCGGCAAAGCCUUCGAGCGAAUCCAUUCUCUCGACGCCCGGAUCGCGGUUCAUGUUCUACUCCGACAGCACAGGCACCAUUCAUGGUGAUGCCUUCGAGACGCUGCCGCUCACCGAAUACAGCAUGGGCAUCAAGGAUCUGCUGCUCUCCAAGCCCUUUUGGCUCGACAUCUGCAACCCAACCCCCGACGAGAUGCAGCUUCUUGGACAGCUCUUUGGUAUUCAUCCGCUCACUGUCGAGGACAUCCUGACGGAAGAAACGCGCGAAAAGUGCGAAACCUACUCGCACUACUACUUUGUAUGCAUGCGCUCCUUCGACCCGGACUUUGAUAGCCCGUACUUUCUCCAGCCCAUCAACUUUUACAUCAUUGUGUACCGGGAAUGCGUUCUCUCGUUUCACGAGCAUCCCGUCCCACACCCGAAUAGCGUCUUGCGCCGCAUGAAUCAGCUGAAAGGCUACGGACUGACGAUUUCACCUGAAUGGAUCAACUACGGUAUCAUCGACGAUAUCACGGACUCGUUUAUGCCAAUUCUCCGCUUCAUCGAGCGCGAAGUUGACGCCAUCGACGAUCUUGUGCUGAUCCUGAAGGAGAGUGAGCAAAGCGACAUGCUCCGGCGGAUUGGAACGGCGCGCAAGCAGGUGAUGCAGCUCAUGAAGUUGCUUAUGAGCAAGGCGGACGUGCUCAAAGCCCUCAUCAAGCGGUACCACGAAAAGGUCUCGGCCGACUCGGAAACGGUUCUCUAUCUCGGCGAUAUUCAGGAUCAUGUCAUCACCAUGCACCAAAAUCUGAAUCACUACGAGAAGACCCUGGCACGCUGCCACUCCAAUUACCUGGCCCAGAUCAGCAUCGAAAUCACACAGUCGUCCAACCGCACGUCGGACGUGGCCAUGAAGAUGACGGCGCUCGCCAGUAUCCUGAUUCCCCUGAAUCUGAUCACCGGUCUGUGGGGCAUGAACGUCAAGGUGCCUGGACAGGACGAGGACAGUCUCGUGUGGUUUAUGGGGAUCUUGGCUGUCAUGAUGGUCAUUGCCUCAGGCACCUUCUAUGUCAUCAAGCGGUUCAGGAUGAUUUGAGAACCGCGUUGUUGGAGGCGAUUGCUCGAGGCUGUGUCGAGAAGAUACAAGGGUCCCAAAAGCGAAAUGGGACACUGUGUUUGGGCCAGGGCUGUCGUUGCUUUUCUGGCCCUGAAUACACACCCGCUCAUUGCGACUGGCCAAA